ACCGCCCAUGUGGUCAAGCAUUUCCGCUUCUGUGUCAAUUCACACAGAGCGUUUGGUCACCCUGUCAAAUUAAGUCAAGCGUCACCAGGUGUCCCAAAUCUUCAGGUUUGCUGUGAGCUGCUGCCUGUCCUGACGUGGAGGAGGAGGCAUUUGAAGUGCCAGUGACCAGUGAGGCUCACUAGAGGGACCAUGCUUUAGAUACUCACCUCUCUCUCCGCUAGCACCUGGAGGUCUGACUUUGACCCUGUACAAUGAACAACGAUGACGAGUUCUACGAUGCAGUCACAGGCCUGGACUCUGAUGAGUCGUAUGAAGGCACGUCGGAGGCCAGUUUUAAAGAUGCCGUGGUGUAUGAUGGCACCCAGAGGAACAAUGGUUCCUUGCCACAGGAGAACGGAAUCAGGAAACACCGGACAACACUACCCGCCCCAAUGUUUUCCAGAAACAACUUCAGUGUGUGGGGCAUUCUAAAGAAAUGCAUUGGACUGGAGCUGUCCAAGAUCACCAUGCCCAUUGUGUUCAACGAGCCCCUGAGCUUCCUCCAGCGGAUCACUGAGUACAUGGAGCACACAUACCUCAUCAACAAAGCCUGCUCGCUGUCUGACUCCAUAGAGCGCAUGCAGGCGGUAGCUGCUUUUGCCGUGUCGGCCGUAGCGUCACAGUGGGACAGAACUGGAAAGCCCUUCAACCCUCUGCUAGGAGAGACCUACGAGCUGACACGAGAGGACCAUGGCUACAGGCUGAUCUCGGAGCAGGUCAGCCACCACCCCCCCAUCAGUGCCUUCCAUGCUGAAAGCCUAGUCGGGGACUUCGUCUUCCACGGCUCCAUCUACCCCAAACUAAAGUUUUGGGGCAAGAGUGUGGAGGCCGAGCCAAAGGGAACCAUCACACUAGAACUCCUCAAGCAUGGUGAGGUCUAUACAUGGACCAACCCUUUCUGCUGUGUACACAAUGUCAUCCUGGGUAAACUGUGGAUCGAGCAGUAUGGCACUGUGGAGAUCCUCAACCACAGUACUGGUGAUAAGUGUGUGCUGAACUUCAAGCCAUGUGGCAUGUUUGGGAAGGAGCUACACAGAGUAGAGGGCUACAUUCAGGAUAAGAGUAAAAAGAAGCAUUGUGUGAUCUAUGGGAAGUGGACUGAGUGCAUGUGGAGCGUGGACCCCCAGACAUACGAGGCCAACAAGAAGGCUGAGAAGAAAGGAGACUCGAAGAAACCGAAGAGUCAGGAGGAGCCUGAGGGGGCAGACAACGAUGAUGCAGAUGACAUGCCUGAGGUCCAGGAGACCGUAGCUAUGAUCCCUGGCAGCACCCUGCUCUGGAGGAUAUCAUCACGACCCCAACACUCUGCUAAGAUGUAUAACUUCACUAACUUUGCCAUGUCGCUGAAUGAGCUGGAGCCUGGCAUGCAGGACCGCCUGGCCCCCACAGACUGCCGCCUGCGGCCCGACAUCAGAGCCAUGGAGAACGGAGACAUGGAUGAAGCCAGUCGAGAGAAGGCGAGGCUGGAGGAGAAACAGAGAUCGGCUCGGAAUGACCGUUCCAAGGAUGAGGAGGAAUGGUCCACUAGAUGGUUCCAGUCAGGCACAAACCCCUACACGUCAUCCCAGGACUGGCUCUACACGGGGGGCUACUUCGAUAGAAAUUACUCUGAGCUCCCUGUUAUCUACUGAUCCAGGUGGUCUCUGUGGGAACACCCACCAACAUCCCCUCAGCCUCCCUUUCACUCCUGCCAGUCCCCUGACUCUCCUGUUCUAAGCACCACACAGUCUCCCAUUGGAACUCUGAACUGGCGAUAGACAAGUGUUAUACAAGGAGAGGCUAUGUGUUGUUAACACAACCCUCCCCCGUCUUCUAAUAGUUAUGGAACAAACAGUCAACGGUGAAAUCAGGAAUGUGAAUGUGCCUUUGAUCAUUGGAGGCAUCAAAGGUGAAAGCAGAAAGGAACUGAGACUGUAGGAGACUGUGUUUUGUUCCUGAACAGGAGUGCUUUGUGGGUACCCCUCCCCUUCCUCCCUAUCUGACCUGGGUCGAAUACCUAUUUAAAAUAUUGGAAAUAUUUUAGUUUGAUUUAACUUGCUUUGCAUGGCGAGUUUGCACAUUUGGGACUAUUCCUUUGGUCCCAUUGCGCCUGACAAAAUAAACCAAGCACACCUGGACUAUUCCAACCAGGUUUGCCUCCCUUAUACAGUGUUGGAAAAAGUACCCAAUUGUCAUACUUGAAUAAAAGUUAAGAUACCUUAAUGGAAAAGGACUCAAGUUGAAGUGAAAGUCACCCAGUAAAAUACUACUUGAGUAAAAGUCAAAGUAAUUGUUUUAAAUAUACUGAACUACUAUUACUAUUGUAAUUGCUAAAAUAUACUUAAGUAUCAAAAGUUAAGGAAUUUGAAAUUAUUUAUACUUUAUGUUAAGCAAAUCAGAUGGCACCAUUUUCUUUUUUUAAUAUGGGUAGCCAGGGGCACACUGUUUAGUGAGUCAGCCAGAUCAGAGGCAGUAGGGAUGACCAGGGAUGUUCUCUUGAUAAAUGUGUGAGUUGGACCAUUUUCCUGUCAUUCACAAUGUAGUACUUUCAGGUGUCAGGGAAAAUGUAUGGAGUAAAAAGUAUAUUAUUUUCUUUAGGAAUGUAGUGAAGUAGAAGUUGUAAAAAUUAUCAAUAGUAAAGUACAGAUACCCAAAAAAAUGACUUAUGGGGUACUUUAAAGUAUUUUUACUUAAGUACUUUAUACCACUGCCCCUAUAUACGUCCAGAGGUUGAGCUUCUCAUCACUACCUGUCACGUAAUGUAAGUUAUAUGUAUAGAUAAGAGUAAUGACCAUUUGCUGUAUAGGCCAAUCACACGCUUAUCUAUCCACAUUGGCCAGUGCUCAGUCUGUGAAUACAGACCGUCAGUUAGUCAUUCCCCCAGCACAAAAUAUUCCUCUCUUACGCUUCUGCAUGGCUAUUGGCUCGCUAGCUAACAGCGUUAGUGACCCCUAGCUUUGUGGCAGUAGACUACAGUACAUUCAGCUCCCACUGUUUACCUAGUUAGUCAACUUAGUGUUAAAGUAAUCAUGAGUCAUGAAAAUAAUUGCGGUUAGUAAGAUUAUGCGAAGAGUAAUUUGUCUGUUUGCGAGUGUGUAUACAUUUCUAGUGGUUUGUACAGAAUCUGAAGCCAUAUGGUUCCUUUUAACUACAGGUAUGACUGGCGCGGGGUGGUUUGCUCUUCAGUCAUUGGCUAUGAUUAAGUGAAUUGACUAUUGUAACAUGAUAAAGCAUGUAAAAUAUACAUGUAUGUAAAUACCUACUUUAUCAAAUAUAGCUAGCUAAUCACCAUAAAACUGUCCUACCAGCUCAAAGUGAAUCUGGAAUUGAUGGGAUUAUAACUGAUAUACGGGAGAAGUCAUUGUAUAAUAUUAUCAGCUUCCCUUGCCUUCCUUGUGUUAGGAACUCUGUAGCUUUCUAACCACACUCCUACAUCACCAAUCUCUUUUAUAAUGGUCAGCCAUUAUGUGUAGGUUCUUAUUUAUAAAAGACUGGCAUCAAAUCAUUUUUUAACAAAUCUAAUAUAUUUUGGGGGAUUAAUGUGCAGUUAAUUGUACUGUGGUAAACAUUACAUUGAAGCCUUGUAGAUUAAGCCUAGAUGCAUGAAUCAAAGUGUAAACCAAUGUGCUCCUGCUCUGGAGGUCUUUUAAAAGCAGCAAACCACUUUAGUGUCUGUUUAGUAAAACAUGCCAUGUUGAACAUUGGGAAUGCUGUUCACUCUUCAUGGGAAUCCAAACGGAAUCUCUUGAAGUGAAACGUAUGGGGAUUCAGUUUGGUUUCCCUUUCACUUCAUUCCCUGCACUACAAACUGGCCUACUCUCCUGAACCACACUGUACAUUUGAAAUGACCGCCAAAAUCUAUGCAUCCAACCAAUAGCUCUGAGUGUCUCGGCGUACCUUUACAUGGUAUAGUAAUACACAUACUUUAGUUUUGUCACCGGCAGCCAAACGCACAUAUAGAUGACCGUGUUGUCAGCUUGUUUGACUGUAGAUGAACCAAAAGUGAUUGUAGUCUGUAAGAAAGUAUUAUAAAAAGGAAUCCCCAGCUUAGAUCAAUUUGAUCUUGACUGAAUAUUGCUUUCACAAAUGUCUUAGUUUUUGUGGUAUUGCUGGUGGUUGGAGAAAUGGGCAACACAAUGUGGCAAAAAGACAUGACAAACCAAGAAGCCUUUGAUCAUGUCUUAUCUUGUUUGAUAGUUUUUUCCCCAAUGGUUAUACUUAGUGCCUGAAUUUUUAAGGCCUAGAUUCAGUCAGACCAAGCGUUAAAUGGCGAUGGCCGACACCCAUAUAGCUGAUGUUUUGGUGGUGUCUGAGGUGUAACUGCGUUGGCGCUGUCAAAUCGUUCAGCAGCUGCUCUUGUGAUCAUUGUCACGAAGCCACACCCAUUCCCCUCAUGUUAGAAAUUCAGAAUGAGAAUGUGCAGGCUAUAUAGAAAUAAUGACACUCAAAUUGAAAUUUAUUUAACAAAAAGUACCAUUUUGAUUUAUAUAAGCCUAAUUUGAGGUGUAGGCUAUAUCUCACAUUCCAGUGUUUUGAACUUGUAAACAAGGCUGCAUGGGAUUUCUCUUAAUGUGACUCCAUGCAGCCAAUGGCAAUGUCCGCUUUAGGUAUAAAGCCAGGAGCCGCUUGGGGAUUUGACAGUUCUCACGCAGUUCCACCUCCAACACCGCCAAAACAACCGCGAUACAGAUGUUGGAUAAAGCGGAUCUAAUUGAAUAGAGCCCUAAGUAAACAGAUUUUCCUGUAUUUCAUUGAUUUUUUUUUACCUGUAUUUCAUUUAAUAUUUAAGAUGUUGAUGUUUAGUUUUAUCAGUCAUGUUUUUAACAUAUGCUUUUCAAACCCAUCUCUAUGCUUUAUUGUCAGUAACACUUUGAAAUGUUUAGGUCUCAGCAGACGUGUAUGUACAGGAAAUGUAUGUAAAACAGAUCACACUGCUUCUGGUUGUAUCUACACACUUCACUGUUUCAUCAAAUGCUUAUUUAACUAGCAUCUGAAGAUUAAUGUACCAACAUUAAACAAGUAGAUUUUUA